GUGACGUCAACUCCUCGGCGACAGAACUCGGGGAAGUUCUUCAUAUAGCGACUCGCUGUUGAUAAACAACCGAGAGGACCUUCUUAUGAUUAAAUAUUAUAAUGCCUAAGGUGAAAAGGAGUAGGAAACCACCUCCUGAUGGUUGGGAGCUCAUAGAGCCGACCCUUGACGAGCUGGACCAGAAAAUGCGCGAAGUUGAAACCGAGCCACAUGAGGGCAAACGUAAAGUUGAGUCCCUCUGGCCAAUCUUCAGACUUCAUCACCAACGCAGCCGGUACAUUUUCGACCUUUUCUACAAGAGAAAGGCCAUCAGUCGAGAGCUUUAUGAAUAUUGCAUCAGAGAGGGCUAUGCAGACAAGAAUCUGAUUGCAAAAUGGAAAAAACAGGGCUAUGAAAAUCUGUGCUGUCUGCGGUGCAUUCAGACACGUGACACGAACUUUGGCACAAAUUGCAUUUGCAGAGUUCCCAAAGGCAAGCUGGAAGUGGGUCGUAUCAUUGAGUGCACUCACUGUGGAUGCAGAGGAUGUUCUGGAUGAGUCAAGAUGGCAACAACUUACUGAACUUUGAUUUGUAUUUGUAAUACAUUUAUUGAGGUGUCAUUAUGACAUUGGGUCUGUAAAAAUUAUUUUGAUUGUGUAUGCUUAUUUUUUUAAAAUUAUUAUUAAACUUGUGUAUCUUAAUCAUU